AUGAAUAUAAUUAAGAACACUAAUUCUUUCUACUAAUUUUCAAAGGAAUAUUAAACCUAUUUUAAAGAUAAAUCCAUUGAAUAGAUUGAAAAACCUUAAAAUCCAGUUACUUUAAUGAAUUCUUUCUUACGUAGUUCCUCCUUUGCCAAAAAAUGUGCUCAACCUUUAGAUUGGCCUUCUGAUAUAGAUUUAUCCAAUAUUAGAGAAGAAUAUUUCAUCAUUGAUCCAACUCAGAGGUUUUAAAGAGAAUGGAAUGAAAAAAAGUUAUUUUUUAAGCAUAGAUAAAGUCCUUUAAGAACAGAAUCAUUUAACAGAUUUAGAGAAAAUAUUCGUUCUUUAAGCAAAACUUACAAAUUUUAAAAAGAUAAUCUUUAGUAUGAUUAAACAGGGAUUUUUCCUAGCUAAAGGAAGCUAGAACUAUAAGAGAUAGUGUAGGCAUAAAAAGAAUAUAAAGAUAAAAAAGAAAAAUUUAAUUUUUUAAACAAGCAACACCGUUUAAUUGAAAAUCUCCAUCAUGAUGAUAUAAUAUAAAAAUAAGUUAACUAAAGUACAUAAAGUAGUUUAUGUAGACUAUUAGAUCAAUGAAAAUAAAAAUGAAACUAUAAAUUAAGAGAAUAGAACGAUAGCUAAGAUAAAUUCAGAUAUUGAUAUAACUGGAGAUUGGGCUAGAAAACGAAAGUCUCCAUUAAACAAAUUAGAUACAUAUCAUAGAGUGAUUUCUCAAGAAGAUAAUGAAAAAAGUAAGUUAGGAAAAGCUAAACCAAAUAGAGUUAAGCAAUUUGAAAGGAAAGGUAGAGAUUAUAACAUAGUCAAUUUUGCAUGUAAUUGA